UGGGUAGGUUCCUGGACGGAGCCCCGGGGAGACCGGGGGCGGGGAGGCGGCAGGGCCGGUGGGAGGAUCUCCGCAGCCCUCCGGGUUUGAAAAGAGUGAAGUAUGCCUCCCCGGCCCGCAGCAGCCGCGGCGUCCCGGCCUGGCCCGAGUUCUGGAGAUGCUGACUUAGUGCUGGCCCGCCGCCUUCCUGCCCACGAGCCCCAAGGCCCCACUCCUCGAGGGCUCCAGUGGCACCUGGCGCCCUCGGGGGACAGGAAGAGCAGCCGGCCGGGAGCCCGGGCAGUGGUAACUGCAGGCUGGGGCACGCGGAGCUGGUGGCCCAGGAGUUGGGUUGGAGGCAGCUUCAGCUGAGCUGGCAGAUGGGUGCCUGGCACUUCCCUGGUGACCUGCGUUUCUGGCUGGGGGACCACGCGGUCCUCAGGGCCCUGCCAGCUUGCGGCCUCUUAAGAGGGACAGCUUCCUCUCCUGCGAGUUCCUGGAAGCCUCCAGGCAGGCCGCCAGAAAGAAGUGGUGGGGGGCGGGAGAGCACGGUGCGACCCUGACAGGGGGCCGGCCUGUGACACCAGGGUAGCCCAAGGCCGCAUGGGCUUGGGGGCGGUGGCGCUCAGACCUCUGACCUUUGGAAUGGGAAGCGCUGCAGUCGCAGGGGGAGGUGGAGGCGGGACAACUGCCUGAGGAGAUGGGACUGGACCGGAGGCAGUAGUCACCGGAGUUCCCGGUGGCUUUCCCAGGCUGGACGGACUCCAGGCCCAGGGGCUUCCGUGAGCCAGCAGGGAGUGGGGAAUGGUGUGGUGUCUCUUGAAUGCCGCCUGGUUUCUCCGCCCCCCUGGGGGUGAGCAGCCCGCAGCCCAAAUGCGAGAGCCUCGAGUUCACCCCUGUUUCUCUUAUUGUUUGCCUGGGGAGGAAGGCAGGAGUGCAGAGGGAAAGGGGUGCUUUCCCUACGCCCCAGACAGGCCUAGUCUAGUGAGGCCCCUCCCCCACCCAGCUCCGGCUGCCCCUUCCCCUUUCGUCAGGCCUCCUGCUGCUCACCCACCCCGUUCUUCCUUCCCCCACCCCACUGCCCCAGUCCUGAUGGAGGCCCCUUCCUCCUCCGCCAGCCCUUACCGGGCCGGGUGCGUGUUCUGCACCAAGUGGGCUGGGGAUGCUGAACAGCUCGCAGCGCGGCAUCUGACAAGCUGGGGGAAGUUGUGGGGGAAGAAGAAUGUUCAGGAACUCGCUGUGAAGGGGCUGAGAGACAAAGGGGCCGUGGGGGAGUGCUGAGGGUGGUGUCAGGCACGACUCCUAGACCUGGGGAGCCAGAGGAGGAGCCCAGCCCACCUGCUACUGCCGCUGCCGGGAACUGAUAGCGGGUCCUUUCCCCUUCCCGCCCACUGCUACCUGCACACCUCGUACUGGCUCAGGGGCCUCGCCACGCCUGGAAACGGGGUCUUUGGAUCAUCCAAGACAUCACCCUAGGUCAGCCACCCAUGCCUGAAGCUUGAGAAGGCGUGGUGGGCGAGGAGCAGCGGCGAGGUGUGGGCUCCUCUGCGAGGGUAGCUGACGCAGCUGAGGAUCCCAGGAAGGGAGGCACCCUCCCCCAUAGCGGGGUCCACACUUCAGUGCACCUUCUCGUAGGGGAGGAGGCGAUGGCUAAUUGAUAGUAGGAAGGGGAGGGCAGAGUUCUGGCCAGGUGAGAGUGGGGCUAGGGAGCGAUGAGCAAUUACUCCACAUUCUUCCACCCCCGCAGUCCGAUCCGUGAGCUCAUUCCGCCAUCCAUGAGCUCAUUUUCCCAGCUGUUUGGGGGUUGGGGGCAAAGGAUGCAUUAUCCUGUUUUAGAAUUUGUUGAGUCAGAGGAAGAACUAGGACUUAACAUCUUCAGUGUUUUUCGGAAUCGCCAUAAGAAACAGAUUGGUCUGUGGCUUGGAGGCAAAGACUUGAAGACUCAGUGAAAUUAAAUGAAUCUGUAAGACAAUACAUUGGACCACUGAGCUUCAAACAAAGGGAUCCUGGAGCGGGUUGUGAGAAGGAAUGGGCGCGUGGAUCGUAGCCUGAAAGACGAGUGUGAUACGGCUGAGAAGAAAGCCAAGGUCAUUGCAGGAAUGAAUGCUGUGGAAGAAAACCAGGGGCCCGGGGAGUCUCAGAAGGUGGAGGAGGCCAGCCCUCCUGCUGUGCAGCAGCCCACUGACCCCGCAUCCCCCACUGUGGCUACCACGCCUGAGCCCGUGGGGUCCGAUGCUGGGGACAAGAAUGCCACCAAAGCAGGCGAUGACGAGCCAGAGUACGAGGACGGCCGGGGCUUUGGCAUUGGGGAGCUGGUGUGGGGGAAACUGCGGGGCUUCUCCUGGUGGCCAGGCCGCAUUGUGUCUUGGUGGAUGACGGGCCGGAGCCGAGCAGCUGAAGGCACCCGCUGGGUCAUGUGGUUCGGAGACGGCAAAUUCUCAGUGGUGUGUGUUGAGAAGCUGAUGCCACUGAGCUCGUUUUGCAGUGCGUUCCACCAGGCCACGUACAACAAGCAGCCCAUGUACCGCAAAGCCAUCUACGAGGUCCUGCAGGUGGCCAGCAGCCGCGCGGGGAAGCUGUUCCCGGUGUGCCACGACAGCGAUGAGAGUGACACUGCCAAGGCCGUGGAGGUGCAGAACAAGCCCAUGAUUGAAUGGGCCCUGGGGGGCUUCCAGCCCUCUGGCCCUAAGGGCCUAGAGCCACCAGAAGAAGAGAAGAAUCCCUACAAAGAAGUGUACACGGACAUGUGGGUGGAACCUGAGGCAGCUGCCUACGCACCACCUCCACCAGCCAAAAAGCCCCGGAAGAGCACAGCGGAGAAGCCCAAGGUCAAGGAGAUUAUUGAUGAGCGCACAAGAGAGCGGCUGGUGUACGAGGUGCGGCAGAAGUGCCGGAACAUUGAGGACAUCUGCAUCUCCUGUGGGAGCCUCAAUGUUACCCUGGAACACCCCCUCUUCGUUGGAGGAAUGUGCCAAAACUGCAAGAACUGCUUUCUGGAGUGUGCGUACCAGUACGACGACGACGGCUACCAGUCCUACUGCACCAUCUGCUGUGGGGGCCGUGAGGUGCUCAUGUGCGGAAACAACAACUGCUGCAGGUGCUUUUGCGUGGAGUGUGUGGACCUCUUGGUGGGGCCGGGGGCUGCCCAGGCAGCCAUUAAGGAAGACCCCUGGAACUGCUACAUGUGCGGGCACAAGGGUACCUACGGGCUGCUGCGGCGGCGAGAGGACUGGCCCUCCCGGCUCCAGAUGUUCUUCGCUAAUAACCACGACCAGGAAUUUGACCCUCCAAAGGUUUACCCACCUGUCCCAGCUGAGAAGAGGAAGCCCAUCCGGGUGCUGUCUCUCUUUGAUGGAAUCGCUACAGGGCUCCUGGUGCUGAAGGACUUGGGCAUUCAGGUGGACCGCUACAUUGCCUCGGAGGUGUGUGAGGACUCCAUCACGGUGGGCAUGGUGCGGCACCAGGGGAAGAUCAUGUACGUCGGGGACGUCCGCAGCGUCACACAGAAGCAUAUCCAGGAGUGGGGCCCAUUCGAUCUGGUGAUUGGGGGCAGUCCCUGCAAUGACCUCUCCAUCGUCAACCCUGCUCGCAAGGGCCUCUACGAGGGCACUGGCCGGCUCUUCUUUGAGUUCUACCGCCUCCUGCAUGAUGCGCGGCCCAAGGAGGGAGAUGAUCGCCCCUUCUUCUGGCUCUUUGAGAAUGUGGUGGCCAUGGGCGUUAGUGACAAGAGGGACAUCUCGCGAUUUCUCGAGUCCAACCCUGUGAUGAUUGAUGCCAAAGAAGUGUCAGCUGCACACAGGGCCCGCUACUUCUGGGGUAACCUUCCCGGUAUGAACAGGCCGUUGGCAUCCACUGUGAAUGAUAAGCUGGAGCUGCAGGAGUGUCUGGAGCAUGGCAGGAUAGCCAAGUUCAGCAAAGUGAGGACCAUUACUACGAGGUCAAACUCCAUAAAGCAGGGCAAAGACCAGCAUUUUCCUGUCUUCAUGAAUGAGAAAGAGGACAUCUUAUGGUGCACUGAAAUGGAAAGGGUAUUUGGUUUCCCAGUCCACUAUACUGACGUCUCCAACAUGAGCCGCUUGGCGAGGCAGAGACUGCUGGGCCGGUCAUGGAGCGUGCCAGUCAUCCGCCACCUCUUCGCUCCGCUGAAGGAGUAUUUUGCGUGUGUGUAAGGGACAUUGGGGGCAAACUGAGGUAGCGACACAAAGUUAAACAAACAAACAAAAAACACAAAACAUAAUAAAACACCAAGAACAUGAGGAUGGAGAGAAGUAUGAGCACCCAGAAGAGAAAAAGGAAUUUAAAACAAAAACCACAGAGGCGGAAAUACCGGAGGGCUUUGCCUUGCGAAAAGGGUUGGACAUCAUCUCCUGAUUUUUCAAUGUUAUUCUUCAGUCCUAUUUAAAAACAAAACCAAGCUCCCUUCCCUUCCUCCCCCUUCCCUUUUUUUUCGGUCAGACCUUUUAUUUUCUACUCUUUUCAGAGGGGUUUUCUGUUUGUUUGGGUUUUGUUUCUUGCUGUGACUGAAACAAGAAGGUUAUUGCAGCAAAAAUCAGUAACAAAAAAUAGUAACAAUACCUUGCAGAGGAAAGGUGGGAGAGAGGAAAAAAGGAAAUUCUAUAGAAAUCUAUAUAUUGGGUUGGUUUUUUUUUUGUUUUUUGUUUUUUUUUUUGGGUUUUUUUUUUUUUUUACUAUAUAUCUUUUUUUUUGUUGUCUCUAGCCUGAUCAGAUAGGAGCACAAGCAGGGGACGGAAAGAGAGAGACACUCAGGCGGCAGCAUUCCCUCCCAGCCACUGAGCUGUCGUGCCAGCACCAUUCCUGGUCACGCAAAACAGAACCCAGUUAGCAGCAGGGAGACGAGAACACCACACAAGACAUUUUUCUACAGUAUUUCAGGUGCCUACCACACAGGAAACCUUGAAGAAAAUCAGUUUCUAGAAGCCGCUGUUACCUCUUGUUUACAGUUUAUAUAUAUAUGAUAGAUAUGAGAUAUAUAUAUAAAAGGUACUGUUAACUACUGUACAACCCGACUUCAUAAUGGUGCUUUCAAACAGCGAGAUGAGUAAAAACAUCAGCUUCCACGUUGCCUUCUGCGCAAAGGGUUUCACCAAGGAUGGAGAAAGGGAGACAGCUUGCAGAUGGUGCGUUCUCACGGUGGGCUCUUCCCCUUGGUUUGUAACGAAGUGAAGGAGGAGAACUUGGGAGCCAGGUUCUCCCUGCCAAAAAGGGGGCUAGAUGAGGUGGUCGGGCCCGUGGACAGCUGAGAGUGGGAUUCAUCCAGACUCAUGCAAUAACCCUUUGAUUGUUUUCUAAAAGGAGACUCCCUCGGCAAGAUGGCAGAGGGUACGGAGUCUUCAGGCCCAGUUUCUCACUUUAGCCAAUUCGAGGGCUCCUUGUGGUGGGAUCAGAACUAAUCCAGAGUGUGGGAAAGUGACAGUCAAAACCCCACCUGGAGCAAAUAAAAAAACAUACAAAACGUA